UCGCGAGCUGUUUGCGCGAGCAAGGAGGCUGGAUGAUUACCCGCGAAGCCCUCGCUAUGAGGCCGAUCGCGGCCGAUGGGAGACAGAUCAGGGCCGACGGGAUGGAUAUAGGGACGACCGAUACGAGAGAUCAGGCCGAGAUGGAUAUAGGGACGACAGAUACGAGAGAUCAGACCGAGAUGGAUAUAGGGACGGCAGAUACGAGAGAUCGGACCGAGACGGAUAUAGGGACGAUGGAUACGAGAGGUCGGGUCAAGAUGGCUACAGAGGUGGUAGGUAUGAAAGAGGAGAUCGAGAUUGGGAACGACGAGAUAGGUCGCGCGGACGGUUUGAGCGCGGGGGAGAUGCGAGAGAGCAGCGCGACAAGUCGCGGGGGUGGUACAACCGAGGGGACCGACGCGAUGAGUCACGAGGGCGAUAUGACUCGGGGGACCGCCGGAAUGAUUCGCGAGGGCGGUGUGCCUCCAGACAAGUUUUAUAUACUUGGUAGCGGGGCCGUGGAGACAAUUUUAAACGAUGGAGCGAUACUCGAUGCUGUGAUUGAUAAUGGCAGUGAGGCUGUCAUCAUAGACGAGGACCUGGCAGUACAAGUUGGACUGGGCCUCGAUAGGUCAUACCUAUUCGAGAUAGAGACGGCUGAUGGGAGAAAGCAACAGAUCACUGGGGUUUGUCACAAGGCAGCCAUAGAGGUCCAAGGGGUAAGAGUGACCCUGCCUGUCUUUGCAGUCAAGAACUGUAGCUCCGACUUGCUCUUGGGUCGAACGUGGCUGAGCCACGUGCAUGCGGUGACGAUAGAGCGACCUAAUGAGAGCCAAACAUUGUCCAUUAGGAAGCCAGACGGGACGCGGGUGAUGAUUGAAACAGUGGAGCCUCGGGACCAGAGGAACAGAGCAGCUCUCGCUGUGGGUGCAAGACCCAGUGAUCAGAUCAAGUCGUUACCUAUCUCCGGCCGCGCGGUGCGAUUUCGCGAGAAGAGAUAUGGACCACUGCUCACAGAGGAAGAAGGUCGGAUCGUGGAGGUGGAAGAUUUAGGGAGUCGGCUAAUAGUGGACGGCAACUCGUACCCGAAGGAAAAAGAUGAGGAAUUUGGCGGUGUGGUAUCCGUGUUUUUUUUAAGGGCACGGCCCCCUAUGGGGGGCUACCCAAGCGACACAAGCGAGUAGCUCGAAAAGUGAAGCCAGCCGCG